GCUCAGGAGGACAGACCUUGUCUAGGCCGCCAUGCAGAUCUUCGUCAAGACCCUCACGGGGAAGACGAUCACCCUUGAGGUGGAGUCUUCCGACACCAUUGACAAUGUCAAGUCCAAGAUCCAGGACAAGGAGGGUAUCCCGCCGGACCAGCAGCGCUUGAUCUUCGCUGGCAAGCAGCUCGAGGACGGCCGUACCCUCUCCGACUACAACAUCCAGAAGGAGUCGACCCUUCACUUGGUCCUUCGUCUGCGUGGUGGUGGUAAGAAGAGAAAGAAGAAGGUCUACACCACCCCCAAGAAGAUCAAGCACAAGCGCAGAAAGACCAAGUUGGCCGUCCUUAAGUACUACAAGGUCGACGGUGACGGCAAGAUCGAGCGUCUUCGCCGCGAGUGCCCUGCCCCCGAGUGCGGUGCUGGUGUCUUCAUGGCUGCCAUGCACAACCGCCAGUACUGCGGCAAGUGCCACCUCACCUAUGUCUUUGACGAGACCAAAUAAACGUCUCGCUCUGCG